AUGAUCGACUUCGAAUUAUCGCUGGAACAGGCUGCUCUACGCAAUGCUGUGCGAGGGUUUGCGUCUGCACAUCUGAAAGAUGCAAGGGUGCUAUACGAACCUCAAGGCGCUCCACACCUCAAAUGGGAAGAUCGCUUUCGGUCAACCAAACCAAUCUACGUGGAAGCAGUCAAGUCAGGUCUGAUCCAGGCACAGAUUCCCAAACAACUUGGAGGUGGUGGAGGUCCGCUCAUUGAGGCGGCGCUCGUCGUGGAAGAAUUCUAUGCAGUCGAAACAAGUGCAUCCCUUACAAUACUGGGGACUGGCCUUGGCCUCACGCCCUUAAUCAUGGCUGGUUCAGCAGAACAACACGCCACCUUUUUGAAACCUUUUCUUGCUGGUACAGAUGCUCCUUUGGCCAGCUUAGUCUUCUCGGAGCCAGACGGGAGUGCGAACUUCGCUGAGCCUGGAGCACCGGGGUUUCAAACGGUUGCAGAACUUAAGGGGGACGAGUAUAUCAUCAAUGGCGAAAAGGUAAGGCGUACAAUUCCUUUCAGCCUUCAUGACCUGCUGACUGGAACCAAGGCAUGGGCAACCAAUUGUUCAGGUUGGGAUGAUAGGGGUGCUGAUCUGCAAUGUGUCGUUUGCCGAAUUGUCAAUUGGGCCGCCGCUGAAGACGUGCGAGGGCAAACGGCCAUUGUCAUUGUGACUCGGGAGGACAUCGAGAGAAACCAUGCCGACGCGUUCUCGGUCGUUUCUCAUCCAGACACACUUGGCCAUACCGCUGUUAAUGGUCCGCACAUCCGAUUCAAAGAUUUGCGUGUCCCCAAGAGGAAUCUGCUGGCACCACCAGGAAAAGGAGCUGACGUAGUAGAGAUGACGUUCACAGCAUCGGCAGCGCUUGUUGGUGCAAUGGGGGUCGGGAUUAUGCGGCAAACAUUUGAUCGUGCUCUGGCGUGGGCCAAAACAAAUUCACGUGGUUCCAGGGAGGCUAUAAUCCAUAAGCAGAGCGUGGCGGACUUGUUGAUCAAGAUCAAAACGCGAUGCGAGGCUACCAGAGCUCUGGUAUGGAAAGCCGCACAUUCAUUUGGACGAACGCGAUUUGGUGCAGAAUUGUGUUACGAAGCCAAAAUCUUGGGGUCCGAGAAUGCUGUCGCUUCUGUCAUGGAUGCAAUCAAUCUCGUUGGCGUGUCUGCCUAUUCUCGAGAGCACUCAUUUGGGGAUCUGCUGAAGGAUGUAGUAGUAUUGCCGAUCUUCGACGGGGGCAAUGUAGGGGUUCGAAGACGUCAAAUUGAGGCAAUCUUCACCGAUCCGAGCUACGAGGCCUGGGAAAGCACAUUUGGAUCGGAUCAAAUGAAUGAGGUCAAGAAGUCAACAUAG